CAGCUAGCAUGAUAAUCAGGGCUAAAAGAUUCAAAGCUAGCCCUAGGACUUAGGAGGUUUGAAGGCGGGUGGAUUUAGUGGAAAAAAAUAAAGAAACUGAAAUAAAAGAAGACGAUGGUGAGAGAGCCACGUCUUGAUCAACAGCAACAACAAGAAUCUUCUUCUUCCCAAGACUCUUCUUUGCCUACAUCCCUUAUCAGAAUUUUGUAUAUUGGCCACUUUUUAGCAAGAUGGGAUGCCAGAAUGUGGGAAUUCUCGGUUGGUUUAUACAUGAUCACUCUUUGGCCGGAUUCUUUAAUCCUUCCUGCUAUUUAUGGUGCCAUUGAAUGUGCUUCUACUGCAUUGUUUGGUCCCAUCAUCGGACAAUGGGUGCAGAGGUCGGCAUAUUUUAAGGUUCUCCGAAUUUGGUUGGUGACCCAGAAUUUUUCCUUCAUAAUAGCUGGAUGCACGGUAAUCACAUUACUGUUCUCUCCGGCAUUGAAGUCGACAAAUUUCACAGUAUUCAUUUUGCUUGUGAUAUUAACCAACAUCUCUGGAGCUAUUGGUGUGCUUUCCACUCUUGCCGGUACCAUCUUAAUAGAAAGAGAAUGGGUGGUGUUGAUUUCAGAAGGCCAUACGCCUGAUGUACUAACAAAGAUCAACUCAACUAUUAGACGAAUUGAUUUAACCUGCAAGCUUCUUGCUCCUGUUAUCAGUGGCUUCAUAAUGAGCUUUAUAUCAGUUAAAGCCUCUGCUAUGACUUUAGCAGUCUGGAACACUGUAGCAGUGUGGCUGGAAUAUUGGCUUUUCACAUCUGUAUAUACUGGCAUUCCAGCUUUAGCUGAAAGCAGCCAAAGGAGGAUUUCGCGACUUUCACCAAGUGAUACGGUAGAGAUGGCAUCUACUCCUGCAGAGAGAGCAGGCUUGAUUUCUCAAAGCGAUGAAAUUUCAGUUUCAGUGGAAAUUGGAUGGAGAAGGAGAUUAACUGAUUGGUUUUCAAAAACCCCUUUUGUUGGUGCUUGGAGUGUGUAUUCUCAGCAAGAUGUUGUGCUCCCUGGAGUAGCUCUGGCUUUGUUAUACUUCACAGUCCUCAGAUUUUUUUUUUUCUUCCUAUUUUUCUACUUUAUCUCAUUAUGGAUCUGGCUUUGGUUCCUAACUGCUAAAAGUUCUUACUGGUUAUACUGUUCCAGCUUUGGCACCUUGAUGACAGCCACUUUGGAAUGGAAAGGUAUACCUGCAUUUGUGAUUGGAAUAGCUCGUGGAAUAAGCGCAAUAAUUGGCAUGGCUGCAACAGUUUUGUACCCAAUUUUACAAUCUCAUGUCUCAACUCUCAGACCAGGAUUGUGGGCAAUCUGGUCUCAGUGGACCUGCCUUCUUGUAUGUGUUGCUUCAAUAGUGGUCCAAAAUCAUCUUUUAUCGGCAUACAUGCUGAUGGCUGGAGUAGCAACAUCUCGACUGGGUUUAUGGAUGUUUGACUUAUCUGUAAUUCAACAAAUGCAGGAUCAAGUUCCUGAAUCUGAUCGCUGUGUUGUUGGAGGUGUUCAAAACUCUCUCCAAUCUACUAUGGACAUGUUGGGUUAUAUCAUGGGCAUGAUCAUCUCCAACCCUCAGGAUUUCUGGGAGUUGAUUCUGUUGUCCUUUUCGGCAGUAACAUUUGCUGCAUUGCUCUAUAGCAUACAUCUUUAUCGAGUUCGGAAACACCUCUUUCACUUUGAGAAAUCGUUCGUGUUGCUAGAUUGGGUAAUCAGAUCAUCACCUGAAGAUUUACUGUAAUCAGAUCUUCCAAGGUAGGGUUUAAUGAUUUAUACCUACAGCCAGUCAAUUACCAGCCUGCUGCUCUGCCACUGCUGCUAAAGAUCAACAGAAGAUUAGGCCUCAUAGAUUUCAAUUCUCACUCUCACUUUAUGACCACUCAAAUGCUUUAACUCGGGGAACUGGGGUACUUUUUUUGUUGCCGAGAACAGCAGGGCAAUUUUGUUACUAACAUCUUUCUGCUAGUAGACUAUCAAUAAAUGAGGCAUUCCAAUCAAGCUCUAUGUGGCACUGUGAUUGGCUGAUAUAAGAGAGUAGCUGAUACAUCCUAGAUGUAACACUAUUCGGUCUUAAUUGCUGGUUCCGUAUUCUCCAGGCAAUUUCAGAGAGAAGAAAACAAGGAAGACAACUAGCUUGGCUAAUAGUCUGCCUCUGGUUGUGUUAUGUAAACCAAAGUUAGGUCAUGUACAAUCCCAAUCCUUAAGAAUUGCUACAACAUGAUGUAACUUAUUCUUUGAAAAGAACAUCAGCACUUUUCUUGUAUUUGUAAAGCAAUUUUCAACUUGAACUUUAGGAAAACAUCAUAUCCUGUCAUGUACUCCUGUUAGAAAAACGGAAAGUAAUCAUUCUCUCA